AAGAUUCUAUUUAGAAAUAAGUAAAUAAAUUACAAAUGAAUUUCUUUCACAAUAAAAUAAAAUUCAUAUUGAAAAACCAUUUUUCUCUCAAAAAAGGAUAAUUUUUGAAAAAUUCAUUUUUUAAUCACUCAAUUUCUUAAUUCAGAUUUUGCAGUAGCUAAUCCUCUUAGAGUAAAAUUGAGGACAUACUAAAAUAAAUUAAUAAUUAUGAUUCAAUUUAGAUAAUCGAAGAAUACAGGAAUUAUGCUUAAACAACAAGCAAUUUCACAAAGUUUAUGGAGAUAAGUAACCAAUUUUUAAAAUAAAUGAAAAGUAGAGAAGAAUAAUAAAAAGCACUAGAAAUAUGCGAUAUAGUUGUUCAAUCAUGUCUAACUAAAUUUACUUAAAAUAAUGAAAAUCCUUAAAUAUUUUUUAAAGGGCAAUAAGCAUUAUUAAAUUAUAAACUUAAAAAAAAUGAAGAAAGCUCCAAAAUAGCUGAAAGUCUCUAUAAAGAUUUUAGCUCUUAGCUAAAUAAAUUAAAAACUUUCUACUUAAUUCUGAGUGCAAAAUAUUUGUUGGAGGUGAUGGCAUAAAUCAAAAACAUAGAAAUAUCAAAAAAACUAUUAAAUGAUAUACAAAUUUUACUUGCUGAGGAUAACUGGUAGACUCUAUCUUCUUAACAGAUAUUUGAUUUAUAUUACAUUCAUUUUGGAAUUUAUUAUUUAGAUUAAAAUUUUUAAGAAGCUGCAGAGUGGGGAUGGAAGUCUUAUCAACAGCUUGUAAAGUUAAAUAACUCAAAUUUUCGUCCUGAAUAUAUUCUAAUAGGAGUAUAUAUUUGCUACAAUAGAUUAAACUAAAAGGAUAAAUGUGAAGAAGCUCUUGUUGAAAUUUAAAAGUAUAAUAAAUUUAGUAGAGAAUACUUAGAUUAAUUGGAAUAAUCAUACAUUCAACCUUUUGAAGUUGAAAAAUAAGAGGAGAGAGAGAAAAAGUUUUAAUAGAUUUAACAGUAAAAUAAAAAUGACAAUAAAAAUAAGACAGAAAAUAAUAGUGAAAGUAAGUAGGAAACAAAUUCAUAAAAUUAAGCUAAAACCAAUUUGAAAGACGAGGAUAAAGGAAAUUAUUUUAUUCAAAAUAAACUCUUCAAAGAAGGUAUUGCUUAUUAUAAAAAUUAACUAUAAAAAUUAGAUGCUUAGAAAGAUAUUCUUAAAUAUGUUUUUAUAUAAGAUCGAAUUGCUUAUUUGUAUAGUGAAUGCUAAGAUUUCUAAAAGGCUAUUAAUUUAUGCUUAGACUCUCAUUAAAUGUUACUUAAAUUAUAUGAUAAAUAAUUUGUUUCUAAUUAUGAAACAUUCUAAAAUUUGUCCUAUAUAAAAACUAUUUAUGAAAAGAAUAACGAGUUAGAAAAGGCUAUUUAAUGGGGAUAGAAAUGGCAUGAUUACUGCACAAAAUAUUAAUUAUUUGAUAAAUAAAGUGAAGUCAUUGAAAGCAAUAUGCUAUCUCAUGCUGUUGUACUCAGUAAAGCUGGCUAAGCUAGUCAAGCUUUGUUAUAUUGCUAAAAUAUUAUAAAGUAUUUGCAAAAAUUCCCAAAUAAUAAAGAAAUUCUUAAAUUUGGCUUGAAUUAGCUGCUAUAUUCUUUGAGUUAGCAAGCUCAUAACACAUAAGGACAAAAAGAAGCUGCUAUUUCUUUGUGUGAACUAUCUAGAAACAUAAUGAUCUAAGAUAAAGAAUACAGAAGCUAUUAUUUUAUGAUGUUAAAGGAAUCAAUUAAUUUAUCUUUAAUAGUAGAUGAUAAGAAAAACUUUAUGAAAUAUGGCUCAGAGUACUUAAAAGUAAGAGAUCAAUAUGAGGAAGAAGAUUUAGAGAGUGCAGUUCAAAUCAUGUUUGAUAUUAGUUAACAAUUAGUUUAAGAUAACGAGUACAACUAGGCGGUAGAAGUUCUUUAAAAGGCCUUAAGUAUUUCAAAGCGAGCUCCUAUUGAUCAAAAUUAAAUUUAAAUGAAUCUUUUAUUAACUACUUUAUAUAUUUUGCAAAAUAAAAUUGAAGACGCUGAGCAAUAUUUGCAAUAAGCGACAUAUCUAUAUGAUACCUACUUUGCCUCUUUAUCAAAUUAGUAAAAUUUAGAAAUAGAUAUAGUGAAAAUACAAGCUAUAAUUUAGUAUCACAAACAAAACAAUGGCAAGUGUUUGGAUUUAAUAGAAAAGUAUUUUUAAAUACUCUCUACUCAAUAAAGUAAUGAAAUUUAUGAGGAUAUUAUCAUAAUCUUGAGUAAUUUGUCAAGCAAUAAAGAACACCAACACAGAGUCAAUCUAAUUUAAGUCAAGUAUAAUCUUAAUCUAGAUUGACAGGUUAAUUAUUUAGAAAAUAAGUUAAAUUAAAAAUCUAUUUUAUUAUUCAGAAUU